AUGCAGCACGAUGUAGUCAAUCAGCAGGGGAGUUUUGGGCAAACAACUGAAAUAGAUAAGGAAUUGAUAGUUGGUCUAAUGCAAAUGAUUGAUGAGCACAAUGUUAUAGCCCAAUUGUUUCGGAGAGCUCGAGAAUUUUAUGGGGAUCAUCCUUCGCAAGAAUUUUGUUUGAGAUUGUUUUCUCAGCGAGUACAUGAUCCAAGAAUUUACAAUUAUCCUUCGUGCGAUGAGGUUGCUGCUUUGAUAGUUGGUGAUUUCGAAUCAUCCGACUGUGGUCGUGAUAUUAUUGUUCAGUCCACCAGUGGUCAAUUGCAGCGAAUUUAUGAAACUCAUGCUUUGUACUUGCCAUUACAAUAUCCUUUUAUUUUUCCUUAUGGUGAGGAUAGGUAUCAACUGAACAUCCCGUAUCGAGGGGUUCAAGCAACUUACGUGCGUGGAAGAAGGACAAGGAUGCCUCUGCAAUCACAGAGACUCUUUGAAAUUAGGAAGAAACAAAGUACAAUUAGAGGGGAGUUUUUGCAUGGUAUAGAGGAAGCUAUGCAGCGUGGUGAUGUUGAAGCAUCCUCAAUUGGGACAAGGGUUAUACUACCAUCUUCUUUUACAGGUGGUAAACGUUAUAUGUUUAAUAAUUGCCAGGAUGCUAUGGCGAUUUGCAAGCAUUAUGGUUAUCCUGAUUUGUUCCUCACUAUUACUUACAAUCCAAAUUGGCUUGAAUUUCAAAGAUACACCCGUCGUGAAGGGAUUCCAAUUGCUGAUAGACCCGAUAUUUCUUGUCGAGUUUUUCAUGCUAAGCUGAAGUGUAUUCUAACUGACCUAAAGGUGGCACUUUUUUCGAUCCUCUCAAUGCCGUUGUUAUUUUAUGUAGAAUUACCUAAUCCUGCAAAAUUUCCUAAUUUGUAUAGGAUGGUCACAAAAUAUAUGAUUCAUGGUCCGUGUGGUAGGAUACGGUCGAGUUCUCCAUGUAUGAAGGACGGUAAAUGCUCAAAAUUUUACCCUAAGCAGUUUGUGAAUGAGACUUCAUUUGACGAUGAUGGGUAUCCAGUGUAUAAACGUCGUGACAUGGGAAUUACUGUCAAGUUGUGCGGUGCAGAUAUUGAUAACAGAUUUGUGGUGCCUUAUAAUCCGCUGUUGUUAAUGAAAUAUCAGGCUCACAUAAACUUAGAGUUUUGUAACAAGUCAAAUAUUAUCAAAUAUCUUUUUAAGUAUGUCAACAAGGGCCCUGAUCGUUUGACUGCUACAGUGGACCAAUCAACGAGUGGUCAUCAAGAUUCGCAGAUUUUGGAUGAGAUUAAAUAG